ACAUUGCUUUCAAGAUCAUCUGAAAUCGAUAUAGAGAGAAGAUAUAUCAUUACAGAAAUGAAGACUUUUGUGUCUCUUCUCUUUUGCGUGGCUUAUGCCAUCGCCCUGGACAAGGGAUGGCCAGUGUCCCUUGACAUGUCUUGUGAACAGUCUCUCUCUGAUGUUGCUUGCACUUUUGAGUUCCUCAAUGUUGCUGAUGAGGAUUACUAUCUCCUCAAGCGUAACACUCCUCUUGAGGGACUCCUCUCUCAAUUCGUUGCCGUUUAUCACAAAGAACAAGGCUGGAUUACGAAGGCUGGAUUACGAAGGCUGGAUUACAAAGGAAUCUUCAUUCAUCGUCGCCCUCCAACAAAGGAUGAGUAUAUCCUCCUCAAGGCAGGUCAAAAGGUUUCUGCAACAGUUCGCAUCAAUGAAGCAUUCACUUUAAUCAAUGAUGGUCGCUAUACUGUUGAGUACAUCAGGCCACUGAUAGUACUCAAUGAGAUGCAAAUGCCAAUAGAGGUGAAUGCUAAAGCAGCUGCCUACAUACAAUUGGAGAAUGCUCGCUAUCUCUCCCUUCCAUCUCAAGAUGAAGUUGAGUCCGAAGGUUCUGUCACUAUUGAGUCCUGCACUACUGCUAGUUUCACGGGAGGUACUUCGAGUAAGCGAACCGAUAUCCUCAAUGCCCACAAGAAACUCUGCAAAGAAUAUGGUGAUGCUAAGAAUAACGUGAGUAAUAGUGACUUCUACAAGACUUGGUUUGGUACAUAUACUGAUGCACGUGCUACUAAAGUGAAAAAGGUCUGCCAGGAUUGCGUGGAUGGGCUAACUAGCAAGACCGUGACUUACGUCAUUGAGCCUUCCAACUGUCAAUCCAACUGGAAUGCAUACACUUACAAAGGAGGCACUAAGGUCUACCUGUGUCAAGCAUAUAACAACUAUCAGGUCUAUUGUAAGAGUAAUGGUGAUCCUACUAAAGAAGGUAUCCUUGCUCACGAAUGGUCUCACGCUUUUGGAUAUACUGACGAUUAUACUUAUGGAGCAUCUGCUAAUAAGCAACUGGCCAAAGAUGAUCCUGAUAAAGCAGUUAAGAAUGCUGAUACUUACGAGUAUUACUACUGUCUCACUCAGUUUUAAGUGACACAGUAAAAUAAACACUUGAAGCAAUUUCAGCUG